AUUUCUGUCCUUGUAUUUAUUUAUUUUUUCUUUUUGGUUGUUUUCCCCUUUUUUUUCCAAACGCUGCCCUUUCAUUUUGCUCCUCACUCUCUCAUACCCGCCUCUGUUUAGUGCCAAGGCUAAUAAUUAAUCACAUUGCAUUAUUGAGUUCUUUUCUCUAGCUCUGCUACCAUGUCUUCUUCUUCUUCUUCUUUGUUGUCUACAUUUCUCUUCUUGGCCAUGGCUGCUCACUCAAGUGCAACAUGGUGUGUGUGCAAGGAAGGGGUGAGUGAGAGUAUGCUACAAAAGACACUGGACUAUGCAUGUGGGUACGGAGCGGACUGCGGCCCAACCCACCAGAAUGGGCCAUGUUUCCAGCCCAACACAGUCAAAGCCCAUUGCAGUUAUGCCGUCAACAGCUUUUUCCAGAAGAAGGGCCAAGCCCCCGGCACUUGUGACUUCUCUGGCACUGCUACUGUAACCACUACUGAUCCCAGUUCAAGUGGCUGUGCAUAUCCGACUAGUGCAAGUGGAGGCACACCAUCAACCACCAGCAACUCCCCAGCUGUCAUCACAACCACCGGAGAUUCAUUGGGAGGCGGCGUCAACAGCGGCGGCAUCAGCCAGCCGGACAUGAACAACGGCGGCGGCGGCCGGAGUUCACUGCUGCAGAUGAAUUCCCUUCUUGUCCCCUCCAUCACCAUGCUCUUGAUCUCAUCUGCAGCUUUAAGGAGGGCUUCUUGAUCAUUAUUUAAUCAUGAAAUAGGUGAGGUUAUUUUGUGGCAUGGGGAUUUUAAUCUAAUCUGCUCCCGUGGUUCUGCCAACUGAUGCUGAUUUUAAGCUGUAUAUUAUUGUUGAACCCAUUUGGUGAAUUAUCAUCAUCAUUAUUAAUAUGAAGAGAACUAGUGUUUUGUUACAUUUCUUUUAUCUUACCUGCUACAUUUAUACAAGGUACUUUUGGGUUAUGUUUUGUUAUGCUCUCUUCAUCUAAGUUGAAUGAUUUUGAUUUGAUUAGAAUAAGUUUUGAUCUGAUCU